CGAGCAGGAAUUCAACAGUGAAUAAGAGGGUCUACCUAAAUAUCUCGUAUUAUUAAACAGGGAUUCAAUGCCGAAUUGAACAGUGUAGAUAGAAUUUGAGAAGGUACCAGUUAGUGUAACAGGUGUCGAAAAAGCGAUCAUUUCCACAAUGUUUUUCCCGAUCUUGAGCGCGCUGUUCGUCUUGACUGGUCUAGUGCAUGUGAUGAACGCAGCGUCAGUGCCAAACCUCGGGGAUACUUGUACCGCACUUGACACAUGCGCCGUUUCUGGAGCAAUAUGUUCAGCUGCCACGACAGGAGGUACCCUUUCGUGUAAUUGUGAUACCAGCAAACAUUUAGUCCAGACCACGGGGGGAGCAAACACAUGCGAAUGUGGCACUGGCUACACGGGUACAGUGCCAACUUGUUUAGGGAAGGUUGGAACGACGUGUGCUCUGAACGCUGAUUGCCUUGCAAAUGGUCAUUGCGGAUCCAACCUAAAGUGCGCGUGUUAUCCAACUUAUACUGGAGCAUCCGGAGCUGCUACAUGCGUUGCUCUAGCUAUUGGUGGCACCUGCACGGCCACUGGUAGAGAAUGCAGCGGAUUGGCUAACUCAUAUUGCAACACAGGAGUGAGCGCUCCCGUCUGCGCAUGCGCAACAAUUUAUCCAACAAGCACCAGUUGCACGGCGAAAACGUGUUCAAACGGCGCCACUGAUUGCACGGGCGUUGAUGGUAAUUCGCAAUGUACCAGUGGUGGAACCUGCGAGUGUAAAACAAACUAUGGAAUCUUCUCAUCUGGAACAAAGGCAACGUGUCAGCCAGGUGUUGGUGCUACCUGUACUUCGAGUGGUGGGGAAUGUGGGAACCUUCCUGGUGGUUACUGCAACACUGCUACAUCAACUGCUGUGUGCGCCUGUGGAGUAAUUUACACUGCUGCUGCAACGGCCUGUACUACAAAAGUGUGCGAGCCUGGCUCAACCACCUGCUCAACUUUGGAUGCCAACUCUGAGUGUGGUAAAGGAUACUGCGUCUGCAAAUCCGGGUUGACAAUUGGCAGCGAUGGAAAAUGCAAGUUGUUAAAUGGCACACCCCCUGAGUCUGAAGCCCCGGCAGUGGCCAUGUCCAUGUUUCUGACAGCUGCAAUCCUGCUGGCUAGUAGAAUGCUGUAGCACGUUGAAGUCCAAGAGAAACCUUUUGCUGAAAUACACUUCUUCUAAAGAUAAAAGGAAUGAACUCAAUUAAUCCUGUACAAUUAAGUUUUCUGCCAAAUUACUACGACCACAGUGCAAUUUUGCGUUGAAUAAAAAUUAAUUCCUUUAAGAAUGUUUCCUGUAGAUUAAACGUGUGAAAUAAGAUUUAUGAAUUAGUUCAAUAACCUGAUUGUCCGACUUCACGAAAAACACAUAUAAUUUUGUUUGUUAAAUAUCACACAAUCACAUGUGUUUUCCAUGGCUGUUGUUGAUAACGGUUUUUGAACGCGACUGGUUUAUAUAUAUCCACACUCUUCUCAAAAUAUGCAAAGCUUUCAGGAGAGUAACGACGUGUUUGAUAAACUCAGUACUUUGAUUUCCGGUCACCUAAUGCAUACAUUUAAUUUAAUGCGCACCAACUAUAUUUCUUACAUUGAAAAUCAAUACAAAACACAAAAUACGGCUUCAUUGUUCCUACAUUAUUUUAUAAGACCUAUACUUAAAACUCACAUGUUGUUAAAAUAAUACCGUUAAAAUGUUAACUGGUUUUAAUAGAAAUUCUACAAAUAAAACAGGUAACCAGGGGUCGAAGAUUACUUCGAUGAUAACACUGUCGAUACUGUUCUUAUAAUACAACUGUUACUAGAACCAAUAUUUUAUUUACAGCCACAUACCUCAAUUUAGUUGAGGCAUGGCAGAACAGUGGUAAAUACUUGUGAACAAAAAUGUUGUAAUAAUGCUACUUACGUCCCAGCAUUGUUAAUAUAUUUUAAAAUGGGUUACUGCAUAACGAGAAAACUUGGAUAUAUAUAGUCUCUGUUGUUCGAAAAUUACCAAUGUGUUUGCUGUGAUAAUAAGUAUAACCAAGAAAUUAUAAUGCAUUGGUGCAUUAACAUGUACGAACGUUAUUUUUAUCACGAAUCAAAAAUGUUAUUAUCAAGAAUGACUUUGGAUAAAUUGAACAACUUUCGAUCAAAAUCAUUAUAAAGCUUCAGGCUUAUUUUUAGACAACCAUUAACAUUGUUUGUUAUAUAUAUGUUUUUAAAAUGAAUUUAGUGCAGUUUACUUGUUUAUAUAUAACGAUCGUUAAACCACAAUAAAUGCUACCAAACGGAAAUGUG